CCACGUCAAGAUGUCUCUGAAGAUCACCCUCAUCAUGCUCACCCUGGCCAGCAUGCUGUCCACUGCAGAUUUCCUGAAGUGUCACCUCUGUGGUGGGAGCCAGUGUAGUGAGAUCACCUGUCCUCCAGGAGCUGAUCGCUGUAUCAAGAUGGAAACCCCAGAGAAAGGUGUAUACGGUAAAACUUGUGCCACUCAACAAGUCUGCGAUGCCAAAACACCUGAGUUGAAAAAAUGGUGCUGCGAGGGGGACUUAUGUAACGGUGCCGGUACCAUCGGGAAGAGCCUCCUGCUUCUGCUGGUGCCAUUGGCCUCGGUCUUCGUGCUCUCCUGAGCUGUCAGCGUCUCCGUCCUCCAAUCCUCUUCACCACUGACCUCAGUGCAGCGCUGUACCACAAUUUCCCAUCUAUAACCAGGGUUUAUACAUUGAUUUUGCAACAUUUCUUCAGCUAUGAGGUUAAUACACGGGACGGGCUAUACAUGAGAAUUCAUUUCUUUUCUUCAUUCUUCUUUUGAUUGAUUGAUGAAUAAAGCAAGAUCUGAAGAAUCAAGAUUUUUGUUUAACUUGCAUAAAACACUGUCCUUCGGUCAUUCCGCUUUCUCUGUGCUUCUUCAAGCAGAACUGAAGGUGUGUCAUUCACUCUGUCGUUUCCUUCUUGCUCUCAUCUGUCCCUUCAGAAUGGGCUGGAGGAUGUCAACGGUUUUUGUACUAUAAUUUGUAAAUGUACUAUAUGUCAUGUCUGGUCAUAUCUAUUUAGCUUGUUUGAUGCAGAUAUUACUGAUGUCAUUUACAAUCACUUUUAUAUACAUUUUCAUAACGUGUCAAAUUUUUUCCAUUAUUAAUGCUUGCACGAGAUAUCCUAAAAUAUGAAAUUAAUAAAUAUUUGCUUCAA